GCACAAGUUCAUCUUAUCAAUGUGACCGACAAUGCUGAACUUGAAGUUCUUCCACUCCGUCUUGCUUCUCUCAAGUAUAGGUCUUUAUCAGUCUUGUUGUCCAGAGGGUUGGGUCAAGGGAAGGUACUCUUGUUACUAUCCAAGUCAUGAUAGUGCAACCUGGUUAGCUGCAUCGAUAAAAUGUCAGUCCAUGGCCAGCAAUUUAACAGUCAUUAAUAACCAAGACGAAAACAAUUUUGUUGCUGGGAUGAUUAAAGAAUAUAUUCACGCUUAUAAACACAACUUCUGGCUCGAUGGCACAGAUGUUAACCAGGAGGGACACUUUAUUUGGCACUCUGCCAAACAUCCCAUUUCUUACAAGAACUGGAAUGUCAACGAACCAAGUGGAGGGUCAGAGGACUGUAUAGAGAUGUUAGUCAAGGAAUUUGUUGAUCCUCGCCAAAUUGGAAAGUGGAAUGAUAAAAUCUGCUCUUACCUUAACCACUAUAUUUGCGAAAAGAGUAUUGACGAUGAAGGACCGGUUCUAUCUCAAGGUUCUGUUAUUGGUUAAAUGAAAAUAAACAGUUUUAGAUAGAU